AUGCAUGUUACCCGGCUGAGCUCUCUCUACACGAUGGCGUUGAAAAUUCCCUGGUAUCGUGCGGCUCGCAUCGUCCAAACGUCUGUGGCAAUCGCCGUUUUUGCUACUUCAGCGCACAUGCUAUGCACCUUAUUGUUGACAAUUCCAACAUUGUAUACUCUUGCUGUCGCAAUAUGCACCUUCAGUCUUGCCGCUCCUUACCUUGCCCUGGCCCCAGUUUACAUUCCUCGAUUUGAGCGUCGAUUUGUGAUGCCAACAGUAGAGGUUCUGUUAACAUCUCUUUGGCUGAAAGUGCUUAUUGUGCAAGCGUCGCCGGUAGAAUAUACUUCAAACGGUCUAUAUUCAACUCAGUGUAUCAUUACGUUGGCAACAAUUGAAUGGUAUGUGCUAGAAGCUAGUAUCAUGAGCAACGUUGAUUCACUUUCUAAUUACGAGCUCAUUCCAUUGGGACAUCAAUUACUUACGUCGAGUGAUAUCUAG